AUGCAAAAGGCAAUGAAAAGCGCAGAAUAUAUAAAAGCUAACAAUGACUGGUUAGAUGCCCAAGCCAACGCUAAAGCAGCCCAACUUAUAGGGUCAAUAAGGACAAAAAUACAAGCGGAUGAAGACAGUUCAAAUGAAGCUUUAAUGAAUGCUGACUUUAAGAACGCCUUCGAAGCUCUUCAUAGUAAGGUGAAACAAGUGAACGACUUCUCAUCUGGAAAGAAACUGAAGUCUGAAGGUUUCGACAAAGAGUUAAGAGAAGUAGCACAAAAUAUGACGAAAAUAACAGAUGCAGCAACGAGACAGGCAGUUCAAAGUGCCUAUGACGCCGUUAGAGCAACUGUUGUGGAAAGUCAAGAAAAAGAGUUACAACAGACCAAAACAGACCUAGUAAAUGCUUUCUUAAGAACGAAAAGUCAGGUAGGACAUUACGCUGCAGAUGGAACAUAUGUGCCAGCUGGUGGAACUUAUAUACCACCAAACCCUCCAAGAGAAGCACCUGCACCAGGACUACCUAGAACAUUUACAUCGUCACAUGGACACAGACACAGGCAUGCACCAAAACCAACAGUUCAAAACCCUGCACAACAACAACAACAACAACAACAACCAACAGUUCAAAACCCUGCACAACAACCACCUCCACAACCAGCACAACAACCACAAACAGAGCAAGGACAUAAAAGAAGUAGAGAACAAGGAAACCAAGAAUUCUUAAAAAUGCUUAAAGAAGAGUGUGGUUUCCCAGAUACUGUUGACUUUAGUGACAGAUAUAAAGAAGCUAUUAGAAAGUUCAAGGAUGGAAAUACUGACCCGAACCUAUUUAGCUUUAUGGCUCAGCACCAAAACGGAUAUAAUCUCAAACCUGGAAAAUACAAGCUCGCUAAGGGAUAUGAUUUAAUAGCAUAUCAUCCAAAUGACAUGGAUGAAUUUACUCCGAGAUAUUUGAUGUCAGAGCUAAAUGACAAUUCAACUUUCGUCAUGAAACGCGUAAAAAAUAGAGACGGAACGAAAGAACAAAAGCUUAUGAAUGCGGAUGACGUAGAUAGGGAAAUUGUUGAAAACGGUCUCGGAAUAUAUGAAAUGCCAGCAGAUGAGGUACAAGAAACUCCACAGGAAGAAGUUCAGAUACAACCAGACAUGGAAGAAAUAGUUCAGCAACAACAGCUAGAAGAGCCUGAAGGAAACGAACAAGUCCUUCCUUUGGAAACUAACUUCACAGAACUAGAUGAAGAUUUGGAACAGCCGAAAAAUCUUGACCCUCAACAAGAGUAUGCGGAGAAUAUGGAAUAUUUCCAAGAGUCUAAAAAAAAUUCGGCUGACAUAGUAGAAGAAUAUCGAAAAAUGUUUGCCGACAUACAAAAGACUCCAGCACCAGAUGAAAAUAUUCAGCAUAGAAUGGAAGAACUGAAAAAAAAA